GUUUUGUUCAGGAAUUAAUUUUGAGUGUAACUUAUUUAUUUUCAAAAUGCAAGCGAUUCGUUGCUCAGUUUGUGCCAGCCGUGCUGUUGGAGGCCUGCAAAGACCAACCAACAAGAGUAUAAUCAGGAAGGAAGCUGCCUGCAUCCGUUUUCUAAGCAGUUCUGAGACCAGCAUACUCAGCAACGCACAGCCCGAAGUCCAGAAGAUGGUGGAAUGGGCAGAAGCCAUGCACAUGAGCAAUGCUUCUCCAAGUGCCGACCGUGGGUUUUACACUGUGCCUUUUGCACAGCUGGGGGGAAACCUCUCUCAAGACUCCAUAAUUAAAAGAGCAGCCUCAAUGGUCACAGACAGUUCAAGUACUUUCCUUUCCCAGGCGACAUCGGCCCUCAUCGAUGCCCUUACAGAUUAUUCAAAGGCUGUUCACAGGCGCAUUACUCUUCAACGGCGGUUUUUAGCAUCACUGGGAAAACUGACUUCAGCAGAGGAGGAUUUCUUCUGUCAGUUGAUCAACGGCCAACGUGCAGAGGCUGCUGACAGACUCGCAGAAUGUAAAAGUUAUGAGUCGACCUGGAUCAAUGCCAUCAACUUGUCCAAAAUGGCAGCAGAGACAGCUUAUAUUUCAGGAGCUGAACAGGCAUCUGUCACAAUAAGGACAAACAUUCAGCUGGCUCAGUCACAGGUGGAGGAGGCACGGAAACUGUCAGCAGAUGCAGAUAAGAAGUUGGCAGAGACUAAAGUAGAGGAAAUCCAAAGGAUGGCAGAAUACACAGCCUUCCUGGGAGAUAGUGAGGAACACGAAGUGCAUGAAGCCUAUCUCCGUGAAGACUAA